AUGCGAGCAGUUCGUAAUGAGGCCGAGCAUCAAGAGCGCGAGCGCAUGACUAUGUCUACACAACGUAGGCAAGAGGCUGAGAGAGCUGGUAAAGCCAAAUCAUCGGUUGCACAUCCCGAUGUCGAGCCUUCCCAUGCUAUGGAGGAGCAGAAGGAUGCGAUGGACCCCGUUCACGAGACUGAGGUUGUAGCUCGUGGAGGUCGUAGAGGCCGAGCACGGGGUCGUGGAGCUCGUGGUGGUCGAAGUCAUAGUCGUGUUAAUCCGUAUGUGCUAGAUGGUCCAUUUUCCAGUGGCCCGCGGGAUCCGUCUUUGAUUCCGAGUUUCAAAUCGCACGAACGUCCGGUUGGACGAGUGGAGUCCCGUAUCAACUCCCUGGCCUAUUUCAAUUAUGAGAAGAUUGGAGAUGCCCUGGCUCAGUUAGACAUAGAUGUCACUGCAGACAAGCAUUAUUUUUGGAUGACCGGUUUGUAUCCUCUAGCCUCAUGUUUCCUACCGCGCAUAGAUGGUCUGCUGUUGUUUGCAUUCGUAGACCGGUGGCAGUCAGAGACAAAAAACUUUCAUAUGUCGUGGGGAGAGAUGACUAUCACUCUCCACAAUAUCCAGAUGAUACUAGGUGCCAAUGUGGAGGGACGGGUGGUCGCGCCUAGGUACGACGAGAGCUUCAAGCGGACAAAUUGUGUGUAUUUACUGUCCGAGAUUAUGAACCUUGAUUUUGAGGAGAUUGACGAGUCAUGGAAGCAUGGGGGUCCCACAUGA